UCAGUGAGAAGCCUCGAGGUGAGAAGUCAGUCAGUCAGUCAGGCAGGCACAAGUUAAACUGUUACGGAGUGUGUCAGUAUUUUUUGUUUCACUUAUACAGUGUAGUCCAACAUUACUCAAACUUAUUUAUUGAACUCGGAUAACCUUGUAAUUCACCUCAAAUUGCAAUGCUUAUAUUUGUUCGCUUCAAAUGUUAAACAAGUUUACCAACGCGGACAGCUACGAAACAGGGUAAGACCUUCAGCAUGAGGGUGAAUGACAGAUGAAGUGAAUGAAUGUUAUUAUAUGAUAAGGGAGAAGAUGGAGAUAGAUUCAGUGAGAGUCGAGUCCAGUCUGUGGAUCGACAAUAAGCGUUAUAAGGCUUUCCUGAGCGGAUGGUAUUUCAGCUGGACUGAGAUCGACAAGAGGAACCGCGAGAAGAAAACAGUUUCAGUGCCCGUGUCAGAGGUGAUCGCGGUAAAAGAGGGUCGGGUCGAGAUCCAACCCCAGAAGAAAUCGGAGGACACUGACCUUGAUUUUACUUUAUUUUAUGUGAAGCGCAACCGCAGAUGCAACACUCGGGGGACGUUGUGGAGCCUGGGCAGGACCCAGUUCUGCUGUCCUAGCCGAGAUGUUCGGGAUCAGUGGAUCACUCAAGUCAGAACGGCACUGAAAACCCAUAGUCCCUCGCGUCCACACAGGUUGUUGGUGUUCAUUAAUCCGUUCGGAGGAAAGAAGAGGGGAAAACAGAUCUACCACUCUCUGGUGGCUCCUCUGUUUGAGCUGGCUGGCAUCAGCUCUCAUAUCGUGGUGACUGAACGAGCAAAUCAGGCCCGGGACUACAUUUUAAAGAAAGAUUUAACCGGAUUUGAUGGUGUGAUUUGUGUGGGAGGAGACGGUAUGUUUAGCGAGCUGCUGCACGGCGUGAUUGGACGAACCCAGCAGGAGGCGGGAGUUUCAGAACACGACCCUACUGUAAUGCUACAACCAUGUGACCUCCAAAUUGGCAUCAUUCCAGCAGGCUCAACAGAUUGUGUGUGUUUCGCUACAGUGGGUGUAAAUGACCCUGUUACAUCAGCACUUCACAUCGUCAUUGGCGAUUCUCAGCCUCUAGAUGUAUGUUCAGUCUAUCAUCAUUCAACACAUGUAAGGUAUUCUGUCUCUAUGGUGGGCUAUGGUUUUUAUGGAGAUGUUUUGGCAGAGAGUGAGAGACACCGCUGGAUGGGUCCUCUCAGAUAUGAUUACUCAGGUUGUUUAAUGUACCUGUGCAACAGGAACUAUCCAGGACUAGUGCAAUAUCUCCCUGCUGAUUCGCAUAUCUCUAGUCCACGGGACAACACUCGCUGCCUCGCGGGGUGCAGAGUGUGUUCAGAGAGCAAAGAGAGGCUGUUCCCCCACUUUGAUAGCUCCAGUUCCCUCUACAGCACUAAUCUCAGUCAGCACAGCAGUGAGUUAGAGGGUGAAUGGGUCACUAUUGAAGGCAGGUUCAAGUGUGUCUAUCUCACCUGUAUGUCAAGCUCAUGCCCGCGGAGCCCGACGGGUCUCUCGCCCUCUGCUCACCUGGCCGAUGGGACGGCGGAUCUCAUCCUGGUGCGACAAACGAACCCCCUGGGCUUCCUCACAUACCUGCACCGGCACACAAACACACAAGAUCAGUUUGACCUGCCCUUCGUCGAGGUACAUCGCGUCAAGGCGGUUCGGUUUUCUCUACCACCUGGAGAAGAAGAAGAAGAAGAGGAGGAGGCGGAGAGAGAAAUACAGACCUCAGAUGAGAGCGUAUUGGAUGAUCCCAACAAACUUGUGAACUCUCAGCACAAAAGUACCUCGCAGCAGUGUCUCACGGUCCAGAAGGAGAGAGGAGUUGUGAAAACUGUCAGGAAAAAGAAGAGAGGUUUUCUGUGUGGACUAUGCUGCACUAAACCUCCUUCAGUAUCUGUGUGGAACUGCGAUGGAGAAAUUCUACCUCACACAAAAAUCUUAUGCAGAGUUCAUGGCCAGCUUGUGCGUCUCUUUGCCAGGGGCAUCGAAGAAUCAGCAGGUGCUUAACAAUGCCGUGAAGAAUAGAGGAGCUACUAUACAAAGAGAGACGUGUUCAACGCAACGAAUGAUCUCAUGAAUAGUGGUUUAUAAAAGAAAACAAAUGUAAUACUAUAUGUGGCAGUGUGAUGGGUAACAUAUUGUACAUGUAAAUGCAAUAAUGUCAUGCAAGCUUAUUUGCCAGAAGGUUAUUUCAGCUGUUUGUAUGUAACUUUAUAAUUGUUCAUUUCAAUUAUUUAAUAUUUUUGCAGGGCAAAAAGUAGAUGUACUGUAUGCAAUGUUUUAGUGCAAUCUGGCGUAACUGUUUCUAUUGCCUUUGCUUGUUUAGGCCCCUUUAAGAUUCAGUUUAUGUCCACCCAGCACAACUAUUUUUUUUAGUUUUAGAGACUAGAUUGUGCAUUCAGCAGAGGAGCUACAUUUUCUGGCAAAUUCUGUACGUGUUUCAAACAGUAUGAUUGAUGUAUGGGACAGCUUUAAGGGAGGAGCCUCAUUCCAUUAACAUUCUUAAAGAUGUAGUGAUCGACAGGAAUGUGAACAUACAGGGUGUCAAUGGGUUUCGAGCUCAUUUUUGUGAAUGUGAUAACCCCAUGCAUGCAUGACUGUGUAGUGUGUAUUGGUCAAGUGUCAUAAAUAUAUAAACUAUA